UAGGUUUUGUGGCGGGAAAUGGGCAAGGGCUCGCAAGAGAAGCGGGGCAAGAGCUACAACCUUGGCGAUUCCUGCAAGCUGGUGCUGCGCGAGGGCGACAUUGCCGACGGCAAGAGCGAUGCGAUCGUCAACACCGCGCACGAAUGGUUACUGGGAGGCGGUGGCGUCGACGGAGCAAUCCAUCGUGCUGCUGGCAAGGAGCUACUGGAUCACUGCCGAGAACUCCCCAAUUGUCCUCCAGGAGAACACCGAAGCAAGUUUUUCAUGUACAAAUCGAUUGUGUGGUUAUUUUCCAGUGGCUUUAGUCUCCGUGUGAGCAAGAUCAUCCACACUGUGGGUGUAGCGUACAAGAAAACCUUCAGCGAAGAACAGGCUCGCAAAAGCGUCGAGACUCUCAAGAACGCUUACAAGAACUCGCUCGAAGUCGCACGAAGCCAAGGCAUCAAGUUCACAGCCUUCCCAGCGCUGUCCUGCGGGAUCAACGGAUUCCCGCUCGCCAAAGCCGCGCAAAUCGCUCUGGAAACCAUCCAGGAGGAGGCGCACGGAUUCUCCGAGAUCGAUUUCGUCUUGUUCAAUCAGGCGACCAGUCGCGCCUGGUCAGAAGCAGCAGCCAGAGCCGGGCUCCAACCAGUCUAAGCUAGAUUCUGGCAAAAACAACUCUAAUAAGCUCCAUCCGGAACUCUUUUUAUCUUUCGAAGCGCCUAUGCGAGAUAACUUUCACCAGGAAAACAAAGACAGUUCUAACGACUUUCGUGGUCCUCUUCUAUCUCCUUUUUUUUUCUCUCUAACGUUUUGUAUGCUCCAGCUCGUAUAUAACGGACUACGCAUUGAUAA